CAUGGGCCACCGUGGCGGAAAAUUGCCGCCGCGAUGUCCACACUUACCAACAACGCCAACAGUAACAACAACAACAACAACAACAGCGCCGGCUCCGGUAGCAACAGCAACAGCAGCAACAGCAGCAUUCAACAACGCAGCUAUCAUCAACUAUCGCCCCAAGGGGCCUCACCAACGUCAACCCCGACCGGUGGUGCGUUCUCCACGUCGAGCAACACCAUCAACAACAACAACAGCAGCAGCUUCCUGGCUUCGGACAGCAACUGCAACAUCAUCAUCAGCAACACCGGCAGCGUCCAUCCAACGACGACGUCGACAACUACUAGCGGAAGCGGCGGUGGCAGCGGCGUCGUCGUCAGUGGAAUUCUUGGCGUGCGGGAAGUUAGCGCCAAGCUGUUUCUGCCCUUUGCCCGCUCGAAGAUGAUGUACCCGUCCUCGUCGUCCGUCGGUGGCUCAUCGGAUCCGGCAGGAUCGAUGGAUGGGUCCACGGCGGCGCCAUUACUCGCCCAUGCGUCCUCGACAGUCGGUGGCGGUGGGGGUGGAUCGGGCCGUGGGUCAUCCCUUGUCAUCCCGGAGGCCUUGAACGUGGUGUUGCACGGGUACCAGCGCAAGAUGAAGACGAACAAGAAGAAGUACUUCGUGGUGUACGGUGAUCGGCCGGAAAAGUUCGCCCGGCUCGAGUACUUCGACAGUGAGAAGAAGUUUAAGCAAUCGUUCACGAAGGGGGGUGGGUUUGGGGGUGAGGGCCCGGUGGCCAAGCGCAGCAUCGUGUUGCGGUCGUGCUUUAACAUCAACAAGCGGCACGACACCAAGAAGCACAUUAUCGCGCUCUACACGAAGGACGAUUGCUUCUGCAUCCUGUUUGAGAGUGAGGACGAGAUGAACCGGUGGUUGCGGACGUUGCUGCGGUUGCAGCGCGGCGAGGAGUCGGAAGGGGAUCCCCCGAAGCCCACGUUCGAGCACAUUUGGGAUGUUUACGUGCAGCGCAAGGGCCUCGGCGACAGUUACGGCAUCCUCGGCACCUACCGGCUUUGCAUCACCGACAAAAUCCUGUCACUGAACCGCAUCGGAAGUGAAUCCACCGCCAACCAGGAAAAACGAGCCGACGUGGUCGAAUUUGCGCUGGCAUCGAUACGACGAUGCGGACAUUCUCAGCGCUACUUUUACCUGGAGGUCGGCCGCAGCUCGAAAACCGGUGCCGGCGAGAUUUGGAUGGAGGUGCAGGAUUCCAUCAUCGCGCAAAACAUGUACACCACCAUCAUGAAGUCGGCGAAAAGCAAGGAUGAAGCUCUCGGUCCCAUGAUACGGAUACGAUCGUCCUCGGCGAAUGCCGCCUCCAAGCCAACGUCGAUGUUGUUCCGCCGCCAGACGCACACCGGCCAGAAACCGAUCAACUGCUCUCCAUCGAGCGAAGAGCAGUGCUCGCAAAAGGCAAGCAAUGGGCAGAACUCCGAAUCCUCCUCGUCGGCCGCCAGCAUCAGUACGGUCGUGCUGGUCGGAUCACCGCCGAAGGGUUCCGGAGCGAGUGGCUCAGGUGCACCUGCAGCACCACCACCGAGCUCGAAACCAAGACCGGCCGCGUUGGCCAAUCCCUGCCUGCCGGAAAAUCACCAGCUCGGCCCGUGCACCUCUUCCUCCUCCAUCGCCAAUACUUCUGCUACUUCCGCCACUGUCUGUACUGUUGCGUCUACUACCGCUGCUACUACUGCUGCUACUUCAACCGCGUCCGCCGUAGUCAGCACGUCUUCAUCCGCCCUAUUCGCGGCACCAUGUUCCGAGGUGCCCGCGAUGGGCAACCCGGGCGCCAUGUUUGCCUGUUCGCGUAGCAGCACCUCCUCUCUGACCAGCAUCGGGUCGGGUUCUCCGAGCGAUGCGUACGUUCCGCUUGUUCCUGCUGGCGGUCGCAGUGCCAGUCCUAGUCAGCAUCCGCUUGUAGGAACCGGUGCUGGAACGGGUAGUGUUGGUGGUGGGACUCCUGUUGCGGGUCGCGCCAGUUUGACCGGAUCACCACGGCUUGGUGUGACUGCUCAGUCACCGAGUUGUCGGCGAACAUCGCUCAAAAAGUCCUCUUUCACGGCGAUCGAUGGCGGCGCUGCAUCGCCACUGCUGUCUGCGAGUCAACGUGGUCUGGGAGGUGUUGCUCAAUCGCAACGCCAUUAUCACCACCAACACCUGGCACACGGCUCUCCCAUGCUCCCACCAGCCUCCUCUAACCUUCACUAUCACAAUCACCUUCAACACCAUCAUCACCAUCAUGUCCUUCAUCAUCAUGGUGCACAAGCAGCAGCAACAGCAACAGCAGCACAGGCACCGGCACCAGUGCCUUCGACAGCUACGGCGGUUUCGCGCCCGGGUACUCCAAUCCCGGGAGCGAUCGGUAUCGGAUUUGGGGGCACCUGCAGCAGCAGAAGUAGCAGCAGCAGCAUCAACAGCAGCACCGGCACCAGCACCAACACCAUCGCCGGUACCAAUGAGUUUUCGUCCUCCUCGAUUGACCAUGUUACAUCCGCAUCCUCCGCCACCGGGGUGUUCCAUCAAAGAGCUUUAUCAUUGCCAAGCGCUCCCAUGUUAGGCCAUUCUCCCCAUAGCAAUACGAAUCAUUUGGGUGCGAUCCAUGCGGCCGGUGGUGCCACCACCCGGUCCUCCUCCCAGAGCAGCGUCGCGGGGGUCGGUCCGGGGGGGCCGACUGCCGGACCCGGAAUCGUACCCCUCUCGGCGUCCCUCUCGUCAUCGUCUGCGUCCUCCACCGGUACGAUCCAACCCGUCCACCAUCGAACGCGCUCGUUGCCCUUAACGGAGGAAUCCGCCAUCCGGGUCAUGGGUGAUCACUCCCGGAUCACUGGCACGGGGUCCGGAACCACCGGCUGGUGGCAGCAUCACUACCCACCACAACAACAGCAGCAGCAACAGCAACAACAACAACAACACUACUCACCAUUCGGUCCGGCUGGCGGGUGUCACCGGAAGUCGUCCUCAGCAUAUCUACUCGCCCCAACACACUGCUCUCUGCACGGAGCAGGAGGUCCUAACAACGGUGGUGGAGGUUGGUCACCACCGGUGUCCGAGGUGCUCUGCAGUUCACCACACCCCGCCGAUAGCCUCGUACCAUCCCGCAGCUCGAUGGAGAGCAUAAUCGAGGACCAACGGUACCUUCCGAUGGAUCUGAAGAAACCAAGUACGCAACCACCGAUCGAGGAUACGUCUGUCAGCAGCCUGUACGAGGGCGCUAGCGGUGGUGGUAAUGUGCCCCUCAUCAGUCGCCUGUUGCGAAGCAGCAACCUCCUGCAACCACCGGCAGGUUCUGCGUCCUCCACGUCCACGUCGUCCGCGUUGUCAUCCACCGGCAAACUGUCACUGCUCGGGCUUAAGAUGGCCAUGAUGGCGGAUGGGCGGGUUCCGGCCGCCGGUUCGGGCGCGUUUCUCGUCUCGAGCAGCCACAACACCGCCAACGGUGCUAGUUGUAGUAGUCCCACCUCGCAGUGCAGUAGCAGUAGCGGUUGCAAUCACGCCAUUUGUAGCAAUAGCAAUAGCACCCAUAAGAGCACGAACGGUUCCUCACCGGCAGCACUGCGGCGCCCAAGCGGUGGCCGGGCUGCCAGCGGUACGAUCAGCAGGAGUGUCGCAAUAGCGCGCGAACGCAGCGACAGUCUUCCAACGCGAAAUCGAACGACCAGCGAAACGAUGCCACAUCAGCAACACCAGCAACCGCACCAGCAGCUCCAGCAACACCAUCAGCUGAUGUUGAGCAGCGGCGGAAUGCCACCACCGCGCAUGAUCCCAAGCAACAGCCGGCCACACUCGGUGCACAUCAGCCAUAGCCACAGCCCGCCCGUCAACUCGUCCCCGCUCAGCCCACCACCACCGGCCACCUACUCGACCGGAUCGGAUGGAUCGUCGCUCAGCAUCGACGAAUCGACGGAUAGCUUCGUGACCGGUUCGCUGACACCGGACGAGGGCAAUGGCUACCCUAAGGUCAUUAACCAACUCAACUCCGGCUGCUCGAUUCCGGAGGAAAACUCCGAGGAGUUCAUCAAGGACUACGGCCAUAUCGAUCUGCGCUCGGGGCUGUCCCAGCACGACGACUUCGGUGGGCAGAACCAUCACCACACCAGCAGUACCGCGGGCAGGCAUGGCCACCAUCAGCAUCAUAAUUCCCUCUCGCUUCCCAUAUCGCAGGCCGCACGAAGAGGAACCAGCCCUGCGCCACCAUCGACGGUUGGUUCCGUCGAGGGCAGCGCGUAUAUGGAGAUGUUCAGCCCGAGUGGCAGCUCGCCAGGUGAUCCGUCCGCCAGCUGCUACAUGCAGAUGUCUCCGGUGGCCGAUUCACGCGGGUUGUGUUCCAGCUCGAGUGCGCAUAGUCGAGCGUCUAGCCUCGCGGAGGAUCACGUCGAUGGGUACAUGCCGAUCCACCAUCUGUCCCGGGCGGUUCCACCCGCCGAGGAGUACAUGCUGAUGGAUCCGUCCCUCACCGGAAGUGGCCGAUUGUCGAACGCUACCAGUGGUGGUGGAGCCACGGGCAACGGAGGUUGCGGUGUCAGUGCCGGUGGAAUGUCCUCGGCUGCGUCAAGCUGCAGUAUCACAUCCGGCACACCAUCAACGGACCUGCGAAUGUCGCUCGAAAAGGUGCACGCGUACAUCGGUCAGAGCGAUGAGAGCGAGAUGAACGAUCGGCCACACCGGACGUACUCGGUUGGAAGCCGACCGGAACUGGCUAAGCGGAAGCUGCGUAUCGACAUGCUCAGUUCGGCCGAAAGUUCCGUUGGUGGUUCCGCAAGCUCGCGACAGCGUGCGUUUUCCGUGGGCUCGCGUGCCAAGGUUCCACGAUGUUCGGAUAUGUACAAGGGCUACGGUGCCGCACCGAUUAUCGUGCCCUUCGCGUCAGCAAGCUCACAGGGCAGUAUGCUCGAGAGCAGCAACAACAACAGCUCGAGCAGUACGAGUAGUAUCUCGCAUGCGGGCAGCUACGGGGCGUCGAUUAGCCAACAUCUGCCGCUGGACGAACUGGCGGGUUCGGUGGCCACGGGUUCGGCGGGUGCGCUGGGCAAGAAGUCGGCCAGCGGGUCGCUGCUGUUCGAGGGCCACGGGAAACCCCCGUCGCACGGAUCGUCCGAUCAGAUGAGCGACCUGAUGGAGAUCGACUACUCGUCCCCGCGGCAACCGAAACCGGCGGUGGUCCAGCGGCUUGAGGCUGUUGCCGAUCCUAUGGACGAUUACCUCGACAUGUCCGGUAGCAAUGGGAACGUGCAUGCGGAAGAUGAACGGCGUGCACCGGUGAUCACGCAACCGGCCACGUCCUCGUACGCUGGGUACGUUGAAAUGCGCCCGGGAAGGCUUAGCUCCCAGUCCGAGGAGGGUGACUAUCUCAACAUGACACCCGGUGGUGGUUCAGCACCGAGUCGGCAACACGAUGAACACGAUGGUGCGGCCAAACCGGGCAGCUCGACGCCGAUACAAAUCAGCACACCGAAGCAACCGUUCCACGGAGCGGCGGAAACCAGCAGCGCCGGAAGUAGCGCUGGCCAGAACAACAACAACUACCUCGAGAUGUACCCGCGUGCGGUGGCACUCGCAAAGGAAGCGACCCGGCCUGCCGGAGUCGCCGCUACGAAAGUACCUUCCGAAGAUUACCUGAACAUGGCACCGUUGAUGAUGAGCUCGCUGGGGGAUGCGGCUGGUAGCGAGGAGAAGAUGUCCCACCAGCACGGUGCUGAGGACGAACCGCUUGAGUUUGCGAGCGCCCCUGAAGGAUACAUGGAGAUGUCCUGGAACCACAAUGACGCUGCAUCGUCAUCCUCCUCGAGCCGAGCUGGUGGUGGUGAUGGAGGCGCCGGGUCAUCCAACGGUGCAGAUGGUUACAUGAACAUGUCCUUUGGGACGCAACCGGAAGACGCUUCCCGGGCGUACUCGGCACCGAUCACCAUUCAACCGGUGGCUGGCAAGUGCCGGUUGGAUUUGAGCGGUGAAUCGAAGGUGGAAGCGGCCGCGAACAUCCCGAAAUAUCUGCCGCUGGGGCAACACCCGGACGCACGCAAAAUCGCCCACCAUCCGCACCGACCGGUGGCCAUCAUCAUCCCGCUGCAGCAACACGUGCCGUUGACGGCGCAGGCUCCGAUUCAGACGACAACCGGCCAGCAAAGUGGUUCCGUGGGCUUCACGCCCUCGAAAGCACCAUCGGCGAUGGAUGUGCCGGAACGGGAACGGUGUGAUUCACGGGACAGCGGCAUUGUGACCCCGUCCGGUGGCAGUCAACCGACCAUCUUCCCGUUCAGUCCCUCUAGCCCCACGAAACCGUUCGUCGGAGCAGGAUCGCAAGAACCCGCCAGUGUGGAACCGCUGGAGGAUCUCAGCCAGAACUACGCCGAGCUUAGUCUCGGUCGACAGCAGGCUCACCAGCAGUCCAGCGAAGGUGGGUCAAUCGUCACACGGAAGCUCUCGAUUGGGAGCCGAUUGAACGUCAACCUCACGCAGCCUGACUACGUGAACUAUUGUCCAUCGACGUCGGCGACUCCACCGGCUGACGGACACACUGGUGCACCGUUUGGUGUGCAGUCUUCCCCACGGUCUCGCAUCGAGGACGAUGGUGCUGGUGAUUACGCACUGAUGAACCCAGCCAGCAUCCGGAAACUCUCCACACCGUCGAUGACACCCGGAAGCACGUUUGUCGCCGGCACUGGAUCGAGCAAUUUCGCGUCCACGUCGGAGGACAACACCACACCGCCACUGUUGGUGGCACGAAAGUCCAACCUGCUGCUAUCCAACCCCCAGAUGGGCUUCAAACCGAUCGCCUCGACGCAGGACGCCGAGUUGCUGCAGCACAGUAAGGCACAAGGAGCCGGAGCCUGCUCACCGAAGGCUCUCAACACGAUAGCACGACGUACAUCAACCGAACCGGCGUUUGUUCUCACCGAUCAGCAGCAGCCACUGCAACGAACCGGUUCCGGAACACGUCCCAACAGCGUCAACAGCGACCUGAUCGGCAAGGGUGCAGGUUCAACGACACCCAGCGGUAUGGUCGGUUCUUCCGUAGUAACCCAAGGAAGCGCCGGCAUUACGGGUGUGACCGAUCGGAGCACACGGCCCAGCUCGGCCAACAGCGAGCGACUUCCCAUCAUAUCAGCUACCUCAUCGUCCGCUUCAUCCACGUCGACUUUGUGCGAGAGUAAAAACCAAAGCCCUACGGCGUCGUGUACGGCCCUUGCGACGUUGGUCGGCACCCCAGGAGCACCGGGAACCGUGCCCGGUUCCCGUCCGGACUCUGUCAGCUCCGUCACCGACCCACACGUCAUAUCCCGACCGCCCUCGGUUAGCUCAGAGCGUGAGCUGCACUACGCUAGUCUCGAUUUGCCGCCUUGCACCAAGCAACCUGUCGCCUCGCCAUUCGCCCCCGGUACCAUGAUGCUGGUGGCAGGAAGUGCGGUCAACGCUACACCCGGAACGUGCGCUUCCCCGGGCGCGACAACCGGUGGCAUCACGAAGAUGGACGUCGACGAACCGUUGCCCGGAUCGAGUGAGGCCCGAAACUCGAUCGAUUCCGUGAGCUCUUCCAGCCCUAGUCCCAGCUCGAGCGGGUGCAACCUGCAACUGCAACAGCAGCAGCCGCAGCAAGCAGUCCGGUGUGCCGCCUUCACCUACGCCCAGAUCGAUUUCGUGCGUUCGCAGGCGCAGAAACAACACCACCAGCCACCGAGUGGACCUGCGCCACCAGGAGGAGCAGGAAGCGGUAGCAGCAGCAACACACCACAGUCGUCACAGGCGUAAUAGGCGCGCGGCAGGGACUGUUACGGGGGUGUCUAGGGCUCGCAAAACCGGCGAAAGCGGUGGCUCUCGUAUCUGUAAAGCACAGGGUGUUUGUAUUUAGGAGGUCUAUAACAAGCGCAGAUGCUUAGAUGCACAAGUGCGGCUAGAAUCAACUGCUGCUUCAAAUUCAACGAACGAUGGGGGGUUAUUAUUUGCAUUGUAUCAUUUUUCCACCCCACCGACACUAACGUGGGGUUUGUUUUUUGUUUGUUUUGCUAUUAAUUCGAUUAUUUUUGCAUCGGAACGACUUUUUGAGUUCACAUUCGCAUGUUUCGUUUAUUUUUGCAUCUAUUCGUUUUGUUUUGUUUACUUUUUUUGUCUAGCCGAAUAAGUAACACCAAUUUUCUUAUGCGCCAAAGCUCCCUCGUUCGUCCUAGAGCAGGUGAGACGGCCGAGCAUAUAUGUAUAUGUAUAAAUGUAAAGAAACAAAGAGUAAGCAAAGUCAUAAAUCACAGCAAGUGGCGCUAAAAAAAAGCCCGCUUCGUUAACUGUGUGCAACACAUACAAGGGAAGAUAUGCGAAGAAAGAAGACAAGACCAUAGGAAAAUUACCGAAAACUGCCAACACCGAAAGAAAACAUUAUGAAAAAAAAACAAACAAAAAGUAGCAUCGUGAAACGAAGAGAAAUUGCAUAUAUAAUAUUCUAUAUAUAUAUAUAUAUACACA